UUUCCAGUUAAAAAUUUCCUCGAUUCAUUGAUUCCUCAAAGAUGUUCUCCACGUGGAAAAUUUGUUGUGCAAGAAUACCCCAGCGAUGGGUACUCACGGUAAUGGGAUGUUUUGGAAUGAUGAACGUCUACACAAUGAGAAUUUGCCUGUCUCUGGCAAUCACUGAGAUGGUAGCCACCACAGAAGCUUCGAAGAAUGACAUUUCAUACGAGUCUUGUCCUUCAGCUAAUUUCACCUCAUCGAAUAUUACAAGCAGUGAAAGUAAAGAUGGCACUUACGAAUGGGACGAAUACACGCAGGGCAUAAUUCUGUCGAGUUUCUACUGGGGCUACCUGAUCACAAGUGUACCAGGCGGAAUACUGGCCGACAGAUUUGGAGGAAAGUACACACUAGGCAUCGCGGUACUGUCAACAGCUGUACUGACCCUGCUGACACCAUUGGUAGUCAAAUAUUACGAGGCAACGGGUCUGAUAGUGUUCCGUUUCCUGACUGGGGUCAGCCAGGGAUCCACAGUUCCAGCCAUCAGCGUCCUAAUAGCCCAAUGGGCGCCACCGCAGGAGAGAUCCAAGCUCGUUACAGUGGCAGCGUCGGGAAUGGAGGUCGGAUGUGUCCUGGGAACGGUUCUCUCCGGGUUCCUGAUACGCUACUCCUCGAUCGGCUGGCCGAUGGUGUUCUACGUCUACGGCGGGAUGGGAGUCCUCUGGUUCUUGGCGUGGAUCUUGUUGUGCUACAGCGAGCCGGACGUCCAUCCGUUCAUAACGGAAGCGGAACGGACGUACCUGCACGAAAUGACGAUCGAACACACGCACAAGAAGACCGGACCAACCCCGUGGCGGCAGAUUCUGACCUCGGCUCCGGUCUGGGCUCUGAUUGCUGGUGAAAUGGGCUUCUCCUGGGGUUUUUACAUGGUACUGACCGACCUCCCAAAGUACAUGAACGAUGUCCUCAAGUUCUCGAUACAGGCGAACGGGCUUCUGACCUCACUUCCUUUCGCCGUUAUCUGGCUUGAUGGCAUAGCAUCCUCUUGGCUCGCUGAUUGGCUCAUAGAAGCUGGCAAAAUGUCGAGGACCAACGUCCGGAAGAUUUGCACAAUAAGCGGAUCCCUCUUUCCGGCGAUAUUCGUCCUCGCUGCCUCAUAUGCCGAAUGCGACCGCGUUAUGGCCGUCGUGUUCUUCACGGUGGGCAUAGGGUUCAUGGGAUCGUUCUAUCCGGGCAUCAUGGUCAAUCCCUUAGACCUGAGUCCAAACUACUCUGGAACCCUAACCGCCAUCGUAAACGGAAGCGGCGCUCUUGCCGGGAUCCUGGCACCCUACGCGGUAGGCGUUCUCACACCUAAUCAGACCCUGUUGGAAUGGAGGAUCGUGUUUUGGAUCACCUCCUCCAUCUUGGUAGCGACGUCUACCAUUUAUGGACUCUGUGCUGACGGCGAAGUUCAGUACUGGAAUGAUUCAGAGUUUGUUUCGAAUCAUCGAUGGAAGGAUACUGGUAUCAACGCCGAACAACGCAGGGUCCGUAACGACGAUUUGUCACCACACAAGCAUGAUCGUUAAUUGUGUGCGAAAUAUUUGCUGUACAAAAUGACAUGCAUAUGCUUAUAGUCACUCUGAUUAUCCAGGAAGUAAAAUUCUUAUACUGCCAACUUUUAUUCAACCCCUGUUGAAAGAAAGCUCAACUUUCAAUUUUGAAAGAACUUUGCAAACAGGUACUAGGCACACGCGACUGCAUAUUGAGUUGCCUGCCAAAAUAUUUCUGGGCAACGUUAAUUCUAAAUUUUGUAACACGGAUAUCGGAUAGAGGUUGAAACAUAAUAUAUUCUUGAAAAUACAGGCAGCCACCCUAAAAACUGAUGUCACAGAUAUCACAUUAUGUAUACAUAUGUAUAAAUAAAUAUGCAAAUAAAAGGUAUGUGUACUUCAUUGCAACCGCGAAUAGCAGAAG